AUGUCAAAUAAUAUUGAAAAUGCUUUUAUAUCUUCUCAACGAGCUAUUAGUUUUGACAAACGUGGUAAUAUACAAGCGGCCAUUUAUUAUUACAAUGAAGCAAUUAGAUACCUUCAAAUUGGAAUAAAUAGUAAUUAUGAUGAUGAAAACGAUACUACGGAGUGGAAAAAUGCACUUGAAAAAUAUCAGGAACGAUUAAAAACGUUGCAAGAAAUCAGUGCCUCAGGGACGUUAUCUUCGUCACAAUCAAUAAGCCAACAAAUUUUACAGAGAUGUAACUUUUUAUUUUCUCAAGCUUUGGAUGCUGAUGAAAGAGAUCACAAAGAUAUAGCUGUAGAACUUUAUAGUCAAACUGCUGAAUAUGCUUUAACACAAAAAGGAGAAUGUGAUGAAAUUGUUCAACAAAAAAUUGUUACCAGAGCAAAGCAAGCCAUUGAAAGAGCAGAAGAAAUUAAGGGAAUUUCUUUGAAUAAGAUAAAUUUUUCACCUAAAACUUCCACAUCUGUCCCUAAAGGUGAAGAAACAAAUGCAAACAAGCGUAGUACUCUUCAUAGAGGUAGCAGUGCUCAUUUACAAAUUACAGGUGGAUCCGCCAUUUUAUCUGAUGAAGAAAAACGUGUUUUGUUAUUGACUUCAAAAAUUAACAACAUAGAUUAUGUUCCUUUUAUGGACAUUGACUUGAAAGAAAGGUUCCAGUAUGCUAUACCAUUUAGCGACAGAGAUGGAUUUUUGAAAUUAUCAUCCAAACAAAGAGCAAAUUUUGCCAAAUGGAGCAGACCAGAAGACAUUUGCAAUGAACCUAAAAUGAUUUUAUCUUCAGGAUUGGAUUAUCAUAGCAUUAAACAAACUGUGAUUUCAGAUUGUUCUUUUGUGGCAUCUCUGGCAGUAAGUGCUUUAUAUGAACAAAGAUUCAAAAAAAAACUUAUAUCAACUAUCAUUUAUCCAAGAAAUAAAAAUAAGGAACCCAUUUAUAAUCCAUUUGGAAAAUACAUGAUUAAAAUUCAUUUAAACGGAGUUCCUCGAAAAAUAGUUAUUGAUGAUACUCUUCCCGUUGGUCACAAUGGUGAGCUUUUAUGUUCUUAUUCUACGAAUUCUGGAGAAUUAUGGGUUUCACUUUUAGAAAAAGCUUACAUGAAGGUCAUGGGUGGUUAUGACUUUCCUGGUUCCAAUAGUAAUAUAGAUUUACACGCAUUAACAGGUUGGAUACCUGAAAGAAUUGCAAUUCGAAAAAAUGAAGAAGAUUUCAAUAGUAAAGCAAUAUUUAAUAUGUUGGAGGAAAGGCUUCACAAUGGACAUUGUUUAGGAACGGUUGCAACAGGACACUUGCCAGAUAUGGAAGCUGAACGUACAGGUUUGGUACCCACUCACGCCUACGCGAUAUUAAAUAUAAAAUCCAUCAAGGGAACAAUGCUCAUGCAGUUGAAAAAUCCUUGGUCUCAUAUUAGAUGGAGAGGAAAUUUUUCUGAAUUGGAUGUUUUGCAUUGGACCCCCGAAUUACAAAAAGCUCUUAAUUUCGAUCCGGAAAAUGCUUCCAUGUUUGAUAAUGGAAUAUUUUGGAUAGAUUAUGAAUCCAUAUUAAAUUUUUUUGACGUAUUUUACAUUAAUUGGAAUCCUGAAUUGUUUUCUUACACAUAUUGUAUUCACGAGUCUUGGCAAGCAGGAGUCGGACCAGCCAAAGAUGUCUAUAACAUGGGAGAAAAUCCUCAAUAUAAACUUCACAUUCCAGGAGAAAAAACAGGAUCUGUGUGGGUUCUCCUUACGCGACACAUAACAGACGUUGAGGAUUUUAAAGAUAAUCAAGAGUUUAUAACCCUUCUUGUGUAUAAAAAUAAAGGAAAAAGAGUUUAUUAUCCGAGGGAUCCUCCUCCUUAUAUAGAUGGUGUAAGGAUCAACAGUCCGCAUUACCUCUGUAAAAUUUUACUCACAGGAGAAGGGGAAAGAACGUAUACUUUAGUCAUUUCUCAAUAUGAAAAAAUGAAUAAUAUUUAUUAUACUCUUCGAGCGUACUCAACUUUACCUUUUACUCUAAAUAAAAUAAAUAAUAUUUGGAAUUUCACGGAAACGAUGAGUGGACAAUGGAUUGGAAAAACUGCCGGCGGUUGCACCAAUAAUCCUUCUACUUAUACUGAUAAUCCUUGUUUCCAAAUAAAAAUAGAUUCAAAUCAAAGCAAUAAUACGUUACUAAUCGAUUUAAAAGGUCCUAGACAAUAUCAAAUUGGAUUUGAUGUUUAUUGUAUGUUUGCUUCAGAUGAAACUGUCAAAGAAGCUUUUGGAAAAAAAAGUUCAGGUCCUUACAGAUCUGGUUUUGUAAUCAUGGAAAUGGAUAUGGUACCUCCAGGAGUCUUUAAUUUGAUUCCCAGCACUUAUUAUCCGGGAAGUGAAGGCCCUUUUAUAUUAACAAUUAAAUCUUCUUGUCCUAUUUCUCUGUCAAGAAUCAAAUAG